AUGCCUCCCAAGCGUACUUCGACCAGACGCGCCGGGUCGGUUCGCUCAAGUAGCAACGAUAAUUUUCUGUUGAGCCCACCGACAGCCGCUACUCCCGCCUUGCCUGACGUUCCUACCAAAAGUUCUUUUGCAUAUGGCUCAUCAACAGCGGCUGCCCUUCCUCGGAAGCUUGCCAUGCAGCCUCAGACGGGUCUGCUUGAAAUCGCCCAAACGAUUGAAGAAGGUGUAAGGGCAGCGGAGGGACGGGCUAAUGGGGAAGAGCUGGCUGCAGAAUCGGUGAGCACUCGAACUCGGAACAAAUCCCAGCCAAUUCCCUCCCCAGUUCGGCGCACUCGACGUGAGCCCACCCCGGAUCAGGUACAACUCCUCGAGUCCCUGCGCGAUGCCACCGAGUCUCCUCAGCCUACUGGAAAUCAAUCAGGCUCUACUCCCACGCCUACGCCACCUAUUCCGCAUACCCUGUCUACGGCGUCGAGUCCACUGGAGCAAAACUUCGCUUUGCCUACCGAACAACUUUAUCCCUCCCCGCUUAUGCGAGUUGGCUCACCUGCUCCUCAUGCUAGCCCCUUUAGCCCAGCCCAAUUUCAGGACUUCGACGGCAACGAAUCAACCAUAUCAUGGAUGGUCGAACGCGACAUUCACGAAGACAAUCUACAACGAACUCGUGGAAAUACAGCACGCGGAGAACCGCACGGGAAGAAUAUCAGCGCGCCCCCUCGUCGAUUUUCGGGACUUGCGUUCGCCUAUGAGACCAUUGAGGAAGAGGAAGAGCCGGUCAAUGAACGCUCGGUGUCCAAAUCGAGCUACCUGGAGCCUGUGGCUGUUCAGCCCAAGCAUGAACCCCAGUCAGACACAGACCCAGAACCUGAGCCAGAGCCGGAGCCUGAUAUAGAGCCUGAACCGGCACCACAAUCCUCCUCGGCUCCUGCUAAAACCAUCAUUCCUAAUGGCUUCCUACGACGGUCGCCAUUUCAUCAACCCACCUCGCCACCUCGAUCGCAGCGACACAAUACGGAUGAGGUGCGCCUUAUGAGGGGUGCUCCUCUGGACUUCUCGAAAGACGUAAUCCAAACCGCCGCCAUCGUAGUCUUCACGGUGGUGUCGCUUCUCAUUGUUUACUCUAUUGGAGGCCCGAUUGUUGGCUUUUCGUCCCGCGACAGCUGGCGACAACCGUACAACAUUCCCCUGAACACCACCGGCCUAGAAGCCGUCAACAGCCUGUCAAACGAACUUGUGCGACUGGGCGCCGAAGUGUCUGCAUUGUCGAAGGAAAUGAAGGUGGUAAAGUCCGACCUGCAACAUAUACCAGCGGCUACCACGAUUGUGGAGAAGAUAAGAACUCCAGGUCAUCAGCCACCGCAACGGCCCAACUUCCUCUCGUUCGGCACGGGGGUCCUCAUCGACCCGUAUCGCACCAGCCCAACAGCCAAGAAGCCUGUGGGCUAUUUACAGAAGAUCUACAUGCGCAUACUGGGGUCGCCAUGGGCGGACACUUCACCACCUGCGCAAGCCCUACUUCCGUGGGACGGUGUGGGUGAUUGCUGGUGCAGCGCGCCACGGGACGGCAUGUCGCAGCUUUCUGUGGUGCUGGGACGUCCUAUCGUGCCGGAAGAUGUGGUGGUGGAGCACAUCCCGCGUGGCGCCAGCGUGCUCCCGGAGGUUGCGCCCAAAGAGAUGGAGCUCUGGGUGGAAUACAAGGUGCUCAACGGAACCCCCGACAAACCCACCACAUUCCUCUCUCGCGACGGGGACCUCAUUCUCGGAAACGGUCUAUCCCUACACGAACAGGUAAUGAACUAUUUAGGCUUUGCGUACCACCAUCAGCCUGAAAGUGCGUACUCGGAUGAUCCGAUCCUGGGACCUACGUUUUAUCGCGUCGGGCAUUGGACGUAUAACAUUGAUGGUCCGCACCACGUGCAGCGGUUCCAGCUCGACGUGGUCGUCGAUAUGGAAGAAAUUCGCGUGGAGAAGGCGGUAUUCCGAGUGAAAUCUAACUGGGGGGGGAAUCAGACGUGUCUUUAUCGAUUGCGACUACAUGGACAUCUAUAG